ACAGCGAAAAGAAAGGUGAAUACUGAAGAACGUGCCCUUCCGUUUCCUCUGCACCCACAUUUGUGGGAGAAGACUCCAACGCGCAUCUCGCUUCUCUCUCGUUUCCGAAACAGGAGCAGGAAUUGGAAAAUGCUUCUUCGCGUCCAAUCCUUCUGAUCUGAUCUCCUCGUUGCUUCGCAUACCUACCUACGUUCCCAUUCGUUGCCUUUUCGGAUCAGAUCUUCCAUCCAGUGUUUCUCCCCUCCAUUUGUCCACCCGUGCAGGUGCAAAGAACGAAAUAGAGAGGUCGCCGGAGAGGUCUCUCGUCGUUUUCUCCCCCUCCCUACCUUAUUCCCUCUCUAGGUUCCUGCGAAUCCGAUCAUCGUAACCACCCACCAAGGGCUUUCUCUCUUUCGUUUUCUGUCCUGGUGGUGGUGGUGGAGGUGGAGGUGAGGAGGAGGACAUCUUCACCAUUAUUGUUAAUAACUGUCGAUGGAAGGGGGCGGGGUGGCCGAGAAGCAGCAGCAGACGUCGUACACGUACUGGGUAAGGGAGGCCAGGGAGGACGCCGCGCCGCUUCCCGUCCCCCGCAAGCUUUCCGCCGACGACAUCUCCAAGCAACCCAAGCCCUCCAUCUUGGGCUCCGUCUGGAAUCAGGCUGGAACUUGGGAGGAAAGAAAUCUUAAUUCAUGGGCAAGCAAUCGAAUAAAGGAGCUGCUUGGCUCUUUGGGUUCAUUGGAGUUUUCCGGUGGUAAUGCAUACAUUGAAGAAGUGUCUAAAUGCUCAGGCGAUGCAUUCUUGGUCACCGUGCGUAACAAGAAGAGAGUGGGUUACACCUAUGAGUUAACUUUGAAGUUCAAAGGGGAAUGGUUAUUCCAAGGGGAGAAGAAGAAGAUCAAAGGCCACUUGGAUAUUCAUGAGGUUUCAUUUGGUGAGCUGGAUGACUUGCAGAUUGAGAUUAGGCUUAGCGAGGAAAAGGGUCUUCCGAUGGAGGACAAAAUGCUGGUCUGCACGGACCUGAGGUUGUUUUUGACACCUAUACGUGAACAAUUACUAAAGUUUGAACAAGAGCUGAAAGACAGGUAGAGACCGGAGGCCUUUGCGUGGUGUUUGGUCAUUUUCGUGCCUUCACUGCUUAGCUUGGUUCUUAUAUUUACGUGUGGUCUUCUGGACGGUUGAAUCUUGUCAUUUUUUUGAUCUCGUACAUUCAUCAUACACCCCUUUAAAUCCCCGAAGGGUAUAUCUUUAAAGUUUCAUAUUAUGUGCUUAUCUGGAGCUCUGUUAUGUAGCGUCUCUAAAUGGAGGUUCACUUCGAU